AAUCCACAAAUAGAUGUCUCGACAAUAAUGAUAAUACUAUAUUAUCUGAAAUAGUAGAGUCUCCAAUUGAAUCUGAAAAUGACAAUAAUGAAAAGAAGAAUAAUCAAAAUGAUCAGAAUACCAAUUGUGAAGUUGAAUCUAAAAAUCUUGACAAUAGUAAAGAUGUGAUUAGUGAUUCUAUUCAGAAGCUUUUUGCUUAUAUUUUUGUGAAUGAUUCCUGA